GAUUAUAGAAGGGUAACCCACCUAGUCAAUGGCGGUGCAAAGCAAUUGCGGGAAGCCGCCAAAACACGUAUCUCGUUCAUUCGGGUCGUUACAACUCGGCCAAUAUUUACAGACACCGUCUACCCCGAGAAUUAAGCGGCAAAUAAACCCAAUGAGGAGAAACGGGAAGUAUUAAGAGGGUUCUCCGUAAACUGGACGUGUAAUAACUUCCUGAGCAAGUCGUUCUGCCUUCGCCACAUCAGCGGUUCGACUGCAAUCUUUCCAUCCAUUUGUGGGUGAUUUCACAUUGUUAUUGUACUAAGUAACUUUAUUAGCAGUAACCAGUAACUUUCACAAUAAUGGGUUACUAAUACUUAAUCAAUGACAAACAGCUUGAUGCUUAAAAAGAUUAAGUAAUUCAAAAGAUAAAUCCUGAUAUAAAUCUUUCUCCAAAUGUAAAACGUAUUUGCCUUAUUUUAAGACGCAGAAGAUGCGGAGUGAAACCGUUUCCGCGCCCGCCCAUGCCGUGUUUCAGUUUACAAUAAAUUUUAAAAAUAAACCACGCUCUUUAUAUUCCACUGCAUUUAUCAGAAAAAAGACGCUUCAAGUCCGUUAAUACCCACUUAGGAAGCCCCUACGUGAAUAAUUAGAUGUUACCGGGAUUUAUCCCGCUCCGUUAUCUGUAACACGCGUUUUAAAUUUGCAAACUCAUUCUUUUCGCUUUAUUGGGGAUAAUACAUCUUGGCUUGGUUGCGAUUCUGAUUAAUGCCUUCGAGUGAAGUUGGCGCAACUUUGUCAGAGAUAGCGGAGAAAAAUAAAGGGACGUGACUAGACUAAUUCCCUUUUUACGACGACAAGAGGUAAAAGAGUAAUUUCAGUUUGUAAAUUAUAUUAAGCACUCCAAAGAGGUUGACAUAGCCUGCUUUUUAAUCCGAACCAUUAGGCCAGUAGGAAAAUUGAAAAAUAAAAGGAACGGUAUUCUUCUUAUAAAUCCGCUGUCAAUUGCGUCGGAAUAUUUUAAACGUCAGUCUAUAUUUUGUGGAUGAUAUAGAAAAUAUGAAAAGUAAACUUGUUACUAUUUUUUCUUGUGGUAAGUCACGUUAUGUAUACUAUUUUCGUGUAGUAAAUAAAUAUAAACGUGUAUAAUUAACAUAACAAAAUGUAUUUCAGUUAUAUAUUUGAUAGUGGGAGCUUUCGCUGAAGAUGAAAUCAAACGCGGCACAUAUCCAUUUAUGGCAUUCAUAUACUAUCAAGAUGAAACAAUCCUGGGCCUGGGAGGGGGCAGGUUUCUACAAGGCGCCGUGCUCGUCCGGCCUAGCUUUUUGAUAUCGUCUUCGCCCGAGUCCACCAUCUCCAAAGAUCCUCUCAGCAAGACAAUGCUGGCCAGACUCGGUGCUACGGUCAUCGACCAUAAAUUUCCGUUGAAUGAAGAUGAGGACGAGCAGGAACACGAGGUCAUCCAAAUCACUCAACCUUCCGAACAUGACAGCAACCAAUGGUGGCUCACGGAUAUCUGCUUAUUGAAGACGCUGCAGCCUAUUGUGCCCUCUAACGCUAUUCAAUUCACACAGCUCUCUACGAAACAGGAGGCUGCUGAUAAACUCUGCCACAUACUCAUUUAUAAAAAAAAGAGCGGCACAGACGUCCGAGUACUGACCCGUUUGUUCGUGGAAAUGCUGCCCCCCUCGGCCGACAACUGCGGGGAGCACUUCGUUCGGGGGGCCAUGACGUGUGCGGCCGACCAGAUCACCAGCGACGGAAUACCGCCGUCUACGGACUUUUGUCAAGGCAACAACGGCGGACCUCUCAUAUGCGACAACGACGUGAUUGCGCUGCAAACCUACAUUAAGGAUGACUGCAAAGCGCCCCACUUGUAUCAGCUCCUGUCACCAAGGAAACAGUUUCUGGAUUGUGGUAUUGAUGAGAAAUGCGGCAAAGAGCAUUGCCAGCACGUUUGCUCCGUGAUUCAAAAGGAUGCUCCACCCACACCAACCCAAUUAACAGAAACAACCCCAACGGAACCUGCAACGACCGAAUCACCUUCAUCAGAAGCGACUACACCGUCGGAGCCCACCAAAACGAUCGAGCGAAUGGAGUCUACGGAAACUUAUUCUCUCUCCACCUCGUCAUUGACUACUCUCACGACCAUUUCUACAAGCACAAUUAUCCCGGAUACGUCUUCUAAGUCGUGGCCAAAUGAGCGAGAUGGACGCAAGGUGAACGAUGAGGAGACGGAUGUACUGAAUAGAACGGUAAGCGUAGAAGCGAAAAGCGCACCCGUCGACGAAGACACGCCGGAGCGUCGCAGCGGAACGCGAAGCCUCGCGAGCGCUGACAACGUCAACCUAGCCUUAUUCCAGAGUCUUGUUUGCUAUGUCUCUAUACUUAUUUUGUCAUAAUUGUAUGCAUC